CUUUUUACAGAUCAUAAUCUACAAUUACCAAUUUUUGAAAUUCGACCCUCUGAAAGUCAAUUGGUUUUUCAAGGUGAUAAACUUCCAUUUGAGUGUCAUGCAUCUGCACUAUCUAAUAAUAUGGACAUAGCUUGGUUUCGUGGGGGCCAACGUGUGACAUCCAAUAAAACCAUGGGUGUAUUUGUGCAUACAUCUCAAAAUCUUGACCGCACCAUCUUCAAUCACAGACUCAUUGUAGAA